UGGAAUUAUAUGAUGAUCUGGAAAAGAUGCGUGUCAGAUGUUUGGAGGGGGGGGCGCAAUUUCAGUGCUUGCCCUAGGCGCCAUUUUCCCUAGUUACGCCUCUGCCCUCCUCUUCGGAUGAGGUCAAUGAGGAGUUGAUGUUAAUACGCGGCCUGGUUCAAAGAAUGGAGGCCCUGGAGAUACCGUCUGACAAAGGGGCUGGGCCAUCUGGGGUGCCCAAGAAGGUGCCCAGGCAGACUAGGGGGACUGUCAAGACACAGUUAUUGAGGUCUCUUUCUGACAGGUUGAGUGCGCUUGAGCGUGCGGACCUCCCUGUUGAUCCGGCUUUCCCAGCUGAUCCGCCCAAUUCUACACCCGCUCCAGGAAUGCCUGUACCUGUGACUCCUAGCAACCCAGUUCCAGACCUGGUGCUACCUGCUGACUUGGGCUCGGUGAGCCCCUCCAUGCCUGUCGUUCCAGGUGGAGAGGUUCAGGGAAUUAUUGCCCGAAGCUUCACUUCACCCGGAACCUAUGCCUGUCACCUUAUGGCACCUUGGCAAGUAGAGGCACAGUGGGCUAUAGCGGCUUCCUUGUCACCCAGCACCCGGGCGAGCUAUGCGUCCAAGAUCUCUGCUUUCUCCUGUUUUAGAAGGACCGUGGGGUUAGCUGAAGCUUGGCCGGUGCCGGGGGACCAUUUAUUGCAGUUUUUAGUUCAGUUACACAGGGAAGGGCGUGCUGUGGCUACUUUAAACAGUUAUGUUGCAGCACUAUCUUUUGAGGCUCAGGCCCGGGUGUUGCGGAUUGUUCUGGGGACCCCAGGGUUCGUAGGAUGUUGGAGGGGUGGGCCUGGGGAGUGCCAAGAGUAAGCAAUAAAAGGUGCCCCUUUACUCUUCAGUUGGUUCAGGUAGUACUGGGGCAGUUGCGCGCAUGCUGCGUGUCCCCAUGGGAGGCUCAGCUUUUCCAGGCAGCUGUGCUGGUAGCCUUUUUUGGAGCGUUCCGGCCCAGGGAUCCGGAAGGAGUGGGCGGCCUCCUAGGGAUUGCUGCCUGCGCUUCUCUGAUCUGUCCCUAGCUUUGGGGGAGGCACAGCUACUUUUACAUUAUUCAAAAACUGACCAAAGGGGGCGAGGUCAGGUUGUUCACUUGGCAACUGCUGGUGCUUCCGCCAUUUCUCCCGUGGCUGCGCUUAGGCACUAUGUGGACUUGGGGCCUCGACAGGAGGGCUGCUUAUUUGUUCAUGAGGGUGGGGACCCUCUAACCCAAUAUCAAUUUUUGGCAGUAUUGAAAAGGGCUUUGACGUUGGCAGGAGUGUCAACCACGGGCCUCACACUGCAUUCUUUUCGGAUUGGGGUGGCCACCACUGCCAGCCGAUUGGGGCUUCAGGAGGAGGUUGUGAAGCGUAUUGGUCGAUGGAAGUCCAGAGUGGUAUGGCGCUACGUGCGCUAGGGGGUGCCAGUUGCAUUGGGUUUUACAUGUUUGUUUUCUUGGCAGGUGCUGGUGGAGCAGCGGCUCCUGUUCACGUCCUGGUUUACAGCCAUUCGUUGGUCUUCUGGGCGUUCAAGAGGGCCAGCACCUCCCAGUGGGGCACCCAGCUUGGUCUGGGGAAGCGUGUGGCUGUUUACUGGAAGGGUAUGCAGGGCAUGCUGUGGAGCCAGUUGCUCCCAGCAAUUUGGGAUCACUUAGCUAGGUUUCCUAGGCCCGACUUUAGUAUCAUUCAUUUGGGCGAAAAUGACUUGGGCAAACGGACUGGCAUUUCUCUGGUGCAGCAAGCCUCCUCCGAUUUAGCGACAUCAAAGGAGUGGCUCCCUCAGGUUCACAUUUUGUGGGUUAAUUGGAUUCAACGCCGGGCA